UCGGAAAUCGUUGCGUGAAAACAGAAUAUCGACGACCGGUAUGCCCACCUGAUACGCGCCUGCGUGACAAUGUCUGCGUACUAGUUCGACCACCACACUGCGAAGUUGGUUACACGUUCUCAGCCGGACAAUGUACAAAAUUGGACAGACAACCGAUCAACUGUCCAUAUGAAUUCCAAGUGCUUGGCGAUCGAUGCAUUUCACACCGGUUAAUAUGUCCGUCUGGUUUUUCGCUGAAGGGAGGAGUAUGUGAGCGGGACGUUCGUCGCACGCUUGCCUGUCCUUAUGGAAGCAUUCUACGCGAUAACCUCUGUAUUGGUGAUGGUCCGUCUUGUGAACCUGGCUACAAUAUGGUUCGCGGGGAAUGCAUCCGUGCUGAAUACAGCUCACCAGAAUGUCCACCCGGUACAGUCAUCACCGAUGGGCGCUGUGUGCGUAGUGCUACUUGUGCACCAGGCUACCAGCUCCGUGGCAACCUUUGUGUGAAGCAGCGUGUCGUUAAGCUGACGUGCGCUCGUGGAUUCUUGCAGGAUGGAAAUUGUGUCGCACCUGGUCCGAACUGUCCCGUAGAUUACGAGAUGCGUCGUGACGGAUGCAUACGGCGUGAGACAUCGCAACCGAGCUGUCCGCAAGGAGGAAAUCUACAGGAUAAUUACUGUGUCAUCGGUCGACCUCGAUGCUCGGAUGACUACCGGUAUGCGUACGGUCGCUGUACAAAGGUGUCGAAGGUACGGGCCCAAUGCCGAGGAACCGCCGUACUAAAGGAUGGCAUGUGCGUAACCAAGGUGACCUCCUCUACUCCCUAUUGCUCAAAUGGAUACACGCUACAGGGAGGCAUGUGUGUUCGAACGAUCUACGCUCAAGCAACAUGUACGUCCACUGCUUCAUCUAUCAGCAGCAGCAGCAACGUGGCUAGUGGAGCAACGACCAGCACUAUUCAUAGCAGCAACAUAGUGGCUAGCGCGCCAACGGUUGUGAUUGAUACGAUCCCAUCGUAUUCGCAGAUCGUCUCAAUCGAUUCUGGCUCGUCCAUCGCCAAGUCGUCAAACGUAGUUACUACGUACCAUGAGGAACGUUCAGGCACUAGUAAUUUUGAUGAUUAUAUCACCGGCGACAAUGACGUCGCUAUUGGCGUUGGCGCUUAUGAGGAGUAUCCCACAUACUCCAGCUCCAACAGCUACUCCAGUUCCAAGAUAGACAGCUACUCUAACUCUAACUUAGACACUUACACCAGCUCCAAUGUAGAUACCAACGACGUGACGUCCUCGUACGACUUUGAGGUAACAGUACCAAAGAAAUCGGAAGAUGCAUCAGGCACCGCCACGGAGGUGGUACGAGAGAAGCGCUGCACCGUGGUCGGACCACGCGUUUGUAUGAACUAUGGCGGAAGUUGGUCAUGCGAGCAGCAUCAAUAUCACGAUAUUGCAUCCAGUUAUUGUGAGAGCGAAAGCACGGUCAUUCAAUUGGUUGCGAAUCACCACAUAGCCUACAACGGAACAGUUUUUGUGAUGGCUCCAAACGAAGCAGAAGAUGAAGGAUACGAUGAAUCAUACGAUGAAGAUGAAGAAUUGGAAGGAAGUACACUGGACUGCAGCCAAUGUGAAGAUGAAAGUUACUCCUGCUCGAAAAGGUGUUUCACAUACGAUCAGUGCGAUAGCUGCACCACUAUUAAGCUUGAACAAUUCUGCAUGACAGCAAACUCGUCUAUGAUGUGUCAAUAUACAAAAAUGGGGAGAUAGUACCCUAGGCAGCUUGAGCUUAGUAAUUUUCCAUUGACAAAACAUUGACGAACGCAAAAGUUCUUCAAAAUUAAAAUAAUCAUGCAUGAUAAUAACAAAACUCUAACAAACUAUAAUUUUAAAUCUGU